CAACCCGGCGGUGGGCAACGGCGGUGGGGACGAGUCGUUGAAGCUAGGAGCUGGGCCCGGGCCCUGCGGACCUUGCCCUACUCGGCUGGGCCCGCGCCAGGGAGAGUCCCAGCUCCAUCCGAACAGGGACUAUGAGAAAAUGGUCGGGCAAACGAGGAAUAAGCUCAAAGAAGCGGCUUCACAGCCGUUGCACUCUCCCCGCUCCACGCAGUCUAGGCGGCGGCGCCGGGCCACCGGAGCCGGGGAACCGGAGUUCGAGGAGGAGCAGAAGGAGAAGAUGAAAGAGCCUGAGCUGCUUUUGUCCGCAGGCCGGGGUAUCCUGCCAGGGGGCGCCCGGGGGUACUCGCCACGGAGGACCCGAAACCUGAACGCGCGGAAUGCGCAGAAUUGCAUGAAACUGGAGGUGGUUACAAAGACCGUUCUUCUCGGUCGCUUUCAGUUCCUCAGUGCUUUUGUGGAGCAGCUCCGCGACAAGGUGCACCUGUUACGGAGACGUCAGUUCACGGGCAGGAUCACCUUUGGCAUAGCUGCCUUUGUGUCAUUUUUGCACUGGAUACAUUUAAUAACGCUUUUUGAAAACGAUCGUCAUUUUUCUCACCUCUCAUCUUUGGAACGAGAGAUGACUUUUCGCACUGAAAUGGGACUUUAUUAUUCCUACUUCAAGACCAUUAUUGAAGCACCUUCAUUUUUGGAAGGACUGUGGAUGAUUAUGAAUGACAGGCUCACUGAAUAUCCCCUUGUAAUUAAUACAGUGAAACGAUUCCACCUUUAUCCAGAGGUAAUUAUAGCCUUCUGGUAUCGCUCAGUUGUGGGAAUAAUGAAUUCAUUUGGGCUAGAAACUAAGACCUGCUGGAAUGUGACCAGAGUAGAACCUCUAAAUGAAGUUCAAAGCUGUGAAGGAUUGGGAGACCCAGCUUGCUUUUAUGUUGGUGUAAUCUUUGUUUUAAAUGGAAUGAUGAUGGGAUUGUUCUUCGUGUAUGGUGCAUACCUGAGUGGGACUCAACUUGGAGGUCUAAUUACAGUAUUAUGCUACUUUUUCAACCAUGGAGAGGCCACUCGGGUGAUGUGGACACCGCCUCUCCGGGAAAGUUUUUCAUAUCCAUUUCUUGUGCUUCAGAUGUACAUCCUAACUUUGAUUCUCAGGACCUCGAACAAUAGUAAAAAACAUUUUGUUGGACUGUGCCUUUCCAAUGUUGCUUUUAUGCUUCCCUGGCAAUUUGCUCAGUUUAUACUUUUUACACAGAUAGCUUCAUUAUUUCCCAUGUAUGUUGUGGGGUACAUUGAGCCAACCAAAUUUCAGAAGAUCAUUUAUAUGAACAUGAUUUCAGUUCUCCUUUGUUUUGUGUUGAUGUUUGGAAAUCCAAUGUAUUUAUCUUCUUAUUAUUCUUCAUCUUUGUUAAUGACAUUGGUGAUAAUUCUAAAGAGAAAUAAAAUUCAAAGAUUUGGAGUAUCUGAACUCCACUUUUGGCUAAUUCAAGGUUGUGCAUGGUUUUGUGGGACAAUCAUUUUGAAAUUUCUGACAUCUAAAAUUUUAGGUGUUUCAGACCAUAUUCGCCUUAGUGACCUUAUAGCAGCCAGAAUCUUACGAUAUACAGAUUUUGACACUUUAAUUUACACGUGUGCUCCUGAAUUUGACUUCAUGGAAAAAGCGACGCCACUGAGAUACACAAAGACAUUAUUGCUUCCAGUCGUUAUGGUGAUUACUUAUUUUAUCUUUAAAAAGGCUUUUCGUGAUAUUUUAUGUGUCUUAUCUGCAAACACUUAUCUAAGAAAACAGCUCCUUGAACAUGGUGAGCUAAUUUUUCACACACUGCAGUUGUUUGCGUUUACUUCCCUUGCAAUUUUGAUUAUGAGACUGAAGCUGUUUUUGACACCUCACAUGUGUAUUAUGGCUUCCCUGAUAUGCUCUCGACGGCUCUUUGGCUGGCUUUUUUGCAGACUUCGUUUUGAGAAUGUUGUCUUUGGCAUUCUAACAGUGAUGUCAAUACAAGGGUGUGCAAACCUCCAUAAUCAAUGGAGCAUAAUAGGAGAAUUUAAUAAUUUGCCCCAGGAAGAACUGAUACAGUGGGUCAGAUACAAUACCAGACCAGAUGCUGUUUUUGCAGGUGCCAUGCCUACAAUGGCAAGUGUCAAGCUUUCCACUCUUCACCCCAUUGUGAACCACCCACAUUAUGAAGAUGCUGACUUGAGAGCUCGGACAAAAACAGUUUAUUCUGCAUAUAGUCGAAAAUCUGCAAAAGAAGUGAGAGAUAAGUUGCUGGAAUUACAUGUGAAUUACUACAUUUUAGAAGAGGCAUGGUGCGUUGUGAGAACUAAGCCUGGUUGCAGUAUGCUUGAAAUUUGGGAUGUAGAAGACCCUUCCAACUCAGCUAACCCUCCCUUAUGCAGUGUCUUGCUCAAGGAUGCGAGGCCAUACUUCACCACAGUAUUUCAGAAUAGUAUGUACAGGGUAUUAAAGGUUAACUGAGACUACCCUUUACACUGUGGUGCAAAGAGGUGUGUAAAAAACAGUCACUUUAGUUUAUUUACACUAAUAAAAAUAACAAGCUUUAAUAGGGACCCUUAAAAAGAAUAAAAAUAAUUAAAAAUUUUUCUAAUUCCAAAAAGUUAAAUUAUUUUAUUGUUUUCCAUUGAACAUCAGCCUUAUUAAGCUUGUCAUGUAAACAAGUAAAUCAUUCCAUACU